AUGGGGUUCACUCCUGAGCCCCAUUUCUCCAAAUGCAGGAUAGGACUCACCAAAUUCAUAUGCAUAUUUUCCGCCGUGGAUGACAUGUAUGACAUAUAUGGAUCACCAGAUGAGCUUAGACGUUUUACAGAUGCUGUGAAUCGAUGGGAUAUUGAGGCACUGGAGGACCUUCCAGAAUAUAUGAAGAUAUGUUACUUGGCCACAUAUAACUUUGCUAAUGAAAUGGUCUACGAUGCAUUAAAAGAUCAUGGCCUGAAUAUUUUACCCUACAUCAGAAAUCAGUGGGUAAAUCUUUGUGCAGCAUACUCAAUAGAAAUGCAAUGGUUUUACAGUGGGCACAAGCCAAGCAUUGAUGAAUACUUGGGAAAUGCAUGGACUUCUGUGGGUGGUCCUGGAAUGAUGACCCAUGUCUAUCUUCUCAUGGAUUGUGUCACCAAGGGAAACUUGAACGAUUGUUUGGAUCAAGCCUCUAAUCUAUUUUAUUGGUCAUCUUUUAUCACUCGACUCAGCGAUGAUUUGGGAACGUCUUCGGCCGAGAUUGCAAGAGGCGAUGUAGCAAAAUCUAUCGAAUGUUUCAUGAUUGAAAAACAUAUAUCCGAAGAACAAGCUCGUGAUCAAGUGGGGCAGCUGAUAAGUCAUUCAUGGAAAAAGCUUAAUGAAGAAAGUGCUAAAAGUUCUCUCCCAAAGUCCGCGAUAAAUUCUACAUUGAACAUGGCAAGAACAGCUCAAUGUAUUUUUCAGGUUGGAGGUGGCAUUGGUACAUCAACUGGGGUGACUGAAGAUCGACUGACUUCAUUCAUCAUCAAGCCAUUCGACAUUUGA